AUGGCUUCAACCGAUCAGCUCGGAAGUUGGACCGAGGACGUAAUUUGUCCCAUCUGCCUGGAAUAUUUUACCGAUCCGGUGUCACUGCAGUGUCAGCAUAACUUCUGCCGCUCGUGUAUCACACGGUUUUGGGAGAGGAAGGAGAGAAACAACUGCCCAGAAUGUAGAGAAGAAUUUGCGGACAGGACCCUCAGGAUAAACUGGGUUUUAACAAGACUGUCCGAGAAAGCUCGUAAACGACCAUUGAAUCUUAAUAAAAAAGAAAGUAAUCUUCACUGUGAGGAACACGAUGAAGAACUGAAGUUGUUUUGUGAAACGGACAAGACACUGAUCUGUCUGGUCUGUAGAGAUGCGCGGGAGCACAGAGAGCAUCGCUUACUGCCGAUUAAAGAAGCUGCUAAAAACUAUAAGGAUCAAUUUAAAUCUGCCAUAGAAAAUCUCAUGAAAAAGCAACAAGCUUUCAGAGAAAUGGAGCAGCAACAGAAACAGAAGAUAUCUAGAGUUUGGGUUCAAGCACAGAACAUCCAGUCCCACAUUACAUUCCAGUUUGCUGAACUGCACCAGAUUCUCACUGAGAAAGAGCAGUGCUUACUUAGAGAUCUCAAGGAAGAAGAGGAGAGGAUUCUCAAUCCAAUGAAGAAAAAUUUUCAAGAGAUUCAAAAGACUUUAAAUUCUAUCCAAGAGAAAAUCUCAAGGUUACUGGAACAGAUGGAUGAAAAAGAUGAUGUAUUGUUUCUGAAGGAAGAAGCUCAUCAGAGAAGAAGGUUUGGUAAUGAAGUUGAACCAAUGUUUGUGCCAGAAUGUGUCCUGCCCGUUGAAAAAUUCGAUCAUCCCUUUAUUUACACAGUGUGCAGUGCUUUGGAUGAUGGAAUUAAGACAGUUGCUGUGACUCUGGAUGUCGAAACAGCCGGUCCGAAGCUUGAAGUGCUUCCAGAUUUAAAGAGCGUGAGAUAUACCGGGAACUGGAGGAAUCUUCCCGAUUCCAGGAAGAGGUUUACAAGUCGAUCUUGUCUGCUGGGAUUGGAAGGAUUUACAUCGGGGAGGCAUUACUGGGAGGUGGAUGUGGCAGGGUGUCAGCGUUGGGGUUUAGGAGUUGUUCCAGAGUCUGUGGAGAGAAAGGUACGACUUGAACUAAUACCAGAAAAUGGAUUCUGGACCAUUGCGCGGUAUGAUGACAAUUUUUAUGUAAACACCUCUCCUCAGUCCUGUCUCCUUUCCGGUCCCGUCCCCCGGAGGGUGGGAAUUUAUCUCAGUUAUGCAUCUGGGUCAGUUUCAUUUUACAACGUGGAGACCAAGUCCCAUCUUUACACCUUCACUGGGAAUAAAUUCACAGAGAAACUUUAUCCUAUUUUUUGGAAUGGAGAUGAAAAUUGGCUGAGAACAUGUUCCAGUUCCGCUCUGGGUCUGUAAUAGGGUUGGGUCCAGGACUGGCACCAGGAGUGGAACAGAAAACCUGCCAUCAACAGGUUGCCACAAAAUGGAUCA